AUGGAGCCUGAAUCUACCAUUCAUGUUUUAAAGGGCUGCCCCUGGGCAUCUGGCAUUUGGCUACUCUGCCCAUUAGCCCUUCAUACUCAACAGAUGCAGGCUCUCAACUUCUCAGAUUGGGUGAAGGAGAUGGGGAAGUGUCUUGAUGAAGAGCAGCUGGAACUUAUGCUAGUAGUUGCAUGGGCUUUAUGGAGUGAUAUAAAUUUGCUGCUGUUCCAGGACAUACAGAACUAUCCUGUGGAUGUGGUGAACAAAGCAAUCAGCUUCUUCGAAGAGUAUAAGAAGGAGAAGCUAAAAAUAGUGCAAACACCUAUAGGUUGGCAGGCCCCACCCCAUGGUGUUUAUAAGAUGAAUACUGAUGCUGCAAUUUUUAACCAGCCCAGCAAGGGAUUGGCUGCUUGCUUCAUCCCGCCCUUCCCUCACCUGUCCCACGUGCCAUUGAUUUAG